UCCCAGGUGGUCGUCAUGAGGUCGACAUUAAUAAUUUCGGCCGCGAUAGCUGCCGUGUCAGCACAGAGUUUCUCCUCCUCGAGAACGAGUUCGUUAGCAGAUGAUGCGCAACCUACAGAAACGCAGUCUGCAUCUGGUCCCAUUGAUACUAAAGUAGCAUGUGGGACGAUAUCCGAACUCAUUGGCACGACCAGGUCAUCCAGUAUCAGCGUCGAUGCUGAGCUUGCACAUGCAUGCCUUUCAUCGAUACCGAUAUUCAAAGAUGAAGCGUCGCAGAGCAUCACGUCGUUGAAGCAGAUGAUGCAAUUCCAAUCGACCCUGUCAUUUCUGAAGAACCCACCGAAGGGAUACUGGAACGAAAAGGUGGAUAUCAUAGCCGGUCUCGAAGACAUUGAGAAGAAAGUGUCGGGCAACGAAUACGCCGGAGAAUACGACUUUGAAACCGACAUCUCUUCCCUGCUCGUCAAGGCUCAUGACGGGCAUCUUUCUUUUGUCGGGGCAGCAUUCGGUGGGAUGUUCAAGUGGCGGAGGAGUAGACAGAUCACACUGAUAUCAGCCUCGCAGGAUGGGAAAGAGGUCCCCAAGGUCUACGUGGUUCAUGACUUCAACCACACUUCUGACGCAAACAUUGCUCGUUCCGCGGUCAAGUCCAUCGACGGCAAGGAGCCUCUGGAGUUUUUGCGCCAAGAGGGCGAGCUCAGCUCCUAUCACGAUCCGGACACGCAGUACAAUGCCAUGUUUUAUAUGCAGCCUGCUGAAAACUAUGGUUAUUUUGCCAACCCAAGAUUCUACCCGGGCAAAGACACCAAAAUUGAGUUCGAGAACGGGACUUCCAAUACUUACCCGAAUACCGCUUCCAUCCAGGACCCGGACAAUUGGGGCUCCAUACAAAAUGGCGAGGACGCCUACGAUGAGUUCAUCAUUCCAAAGUUCGACCUGGGUAUUAAGAAGAAAAGGACCGAUUUGGAUAGCAUUCCCCAUCAAUUGCAGAACCCGCGAGAACCGGAGCUCACGCGGCGCUUCCUUCCAUCUGGGUACCCCAAGGAGGUUGUUGUGCAGCACUCGGCGGAAGACGUGCCCCUCGCCGGCGUCUUCAUCGACGGACCCGAAGGGACAGGUAAAGUAGGCGUGCUGGUGAUCCAAACCUUCAACACCGAAACCGCCGAAUCUGCUCGGGAAUUCCAGACCAUAGUCCAAGACUACAUCGCAGCCGCACAGUCGCAAAAAGUGACCAAACACAUCAUCGAUGUGCGGACUAACGGCGGCGGCAAGAUCCUCCUGGGCUACGACACCUAUCUCCAAUUCUUCCCCUCCAAGAAGCCGCAACUCAUGUCCCGCUUCCGAGGGCACAAAGCGUCCGAACUCUUUGGCGAGAAGAUCUCCUCCCUUCCCCGAAUGACUGACGAAAACGGCGAACUAUAUACUUCCCCCUUCAACUACCACUCUUACCUCAACAAGGACAACGAAGCUUUCACAUCCUGGUCCAACAUGUACCCGCCCAACAAGCACAACGACGACUCCUUCACCGACCUCCUCCGCUACAACCUCUCGGACCCCUUCACAACAAGCUCCGACCGCUUCUCUGUGGGUGUAGAAAUGACAGGCUUCGGAUCGCGCUCAAACUUCACCACCGACCCUUUCAGCGCAGACGACAUCUACAUCCUCUCCGACGGCAUCUGCGCAUCCACCUGCUCCCUCUUCAUAGAACUAAUGUCCCAACAAGCCACAGUCCGCACCCUUGCUGUAGGCGGCCGUCCCCAAUCAGGCCCCAUGCAAUCCGUCGGCGGCACAAAAGGUUCCCUAGUCCUCCAAGAAUCAUAUCUCAUGGCCGUCUCCGCAUAUAUCAUCGCAGCCUACGGCAGCACAGACCCUAACGCAAAGUCCUGGCUCGACUUCUUACCCCAACCCUUCGCCAUCGCGACCGCGGACGCCUCUGUAAACUUCCAAGACAACAUCCGUAAAGGGCUGGAGAAGGAUGGUGUCGCGACACAGUUUAUGAACGAUACCGCAAACUGCAGGUUCUAUUUCGAGCCCAGCAUGUAUGUCGACCCCGCGAAAGUGUGGAGCAAAGCGUCCAAGGUUGCGUUUGGGAACAAGGGUCAGCUCGAUGAAGCUGCGUGCGUCCCUGGGUCUUUUACCAAGAGGGUACAGGCGGGCGGAAGUGGAGCGAGUAGCAGUGGUGACGGCGAGGGAGGCGGCGAAGGCGGCGAUGACAAGGAUAGCGCUGCCGCUCCCCCUGCGAUACUGGGCUCGCUGAAGCCGGUGUGGGUUGCUGCAGGUGUCAGUGUUGUUGUCUUCUUGAUGAGUUCGGAUGUAUUUGCGGGGAUGGGGUAA